GCGGCUCACCGUGAGCGCAAAGUACACGGACCUUUGUCGUGGAAAUAUUGUGAGGAUUUGCAAAACUUUUAGCUAGGAUAAUAUGUAUGGGCUGUUUACGAAGCUUUCAGAAUACGUUUGGGGAGCGUCAGAGGAUGAAAAUGAUGACGUUCCCAAGACGGGACUGAGGAAUGAAACAGCUGAUUACAAUAACAAGCUCAAAACAGACAAGCCACAAUUAAAGAAAGACCUCUUUGGUAAAGUGACGAGGCUUUAUGAUGGCUCAGGAGUGAUCGAUGAAGAGAUUUACUUCACUUUUGAUUGCAUUAUUGGUGGUGAUCGACCAGAAGUUGGUAUGGAAGUUCACGUUGAGGCUUCACGUGUGACUAAAACUUCAGGCUGGAAAGCCACGCGUGUGCAAGUUACAAAGGAAUGGAAUCUUGACGACGCAAACAGCGCUUCUUCACCUUCUACAGAAACGUGUAUUGGCGCAAUAACAAAAAUCGCGCAUGAUUCUGGGGUUGUAGAUAAUGAAAUUACUUUCCCACUAUCGUGUGCUAGAUUUGGGUAUUCACCGGUCCAAGGAGACAUGGUUAAGUUGGACCUCGCGAAAUUGUCAGAUGGGCAAGAUGAAGUCCGGGGGGUGAUGCCACUGCGAGAGAAAAGUUUCACAGGGACAGUGACAUAUGUGUCAUCAGGGUUUGGUUACAUUGAUAAAGAAGUCUUCUUCACAAUAGGGGUGUGUCCACCGGGGUUCAGGCCUCGUCAAGGGGAUAUUGUAAAAGUGACAGCUAUUGAAUCAUAUCAGCGCACUUCUGUAUGGAGAGCCAUUAAGGUGGAAACAAAACGUACUGCUCCUCUGGUGGCAAGUCCAUCACCAGGUAGCCAAAUGUUUAUGGGUAAUAGGAUGGCUGAGCUUUUAAGAGACAAAGGUGGAAUAACAAUUGCAAAUCAACUUGAUUUUGGAAGUGUCAUGGUUGGAGAAACAAAGUCGGUACAUGUGUGGAUAAGCAACAAGGGUGAGAAAGUACAGACAUUUCUGUCCUGUUCAUCAGUCAGAGAUGAUCCUCAGUUUUCUGUCCAAUUGGGAAACAAAAUUUUUUGUGAAUCAGAUAAUACUUGUAGUCAGCAGAUGAACAGAUCUCUGUCCAUUGAUGAGAUGUUACUUGAGAGUUCUUUGUUGGCACCUGGUAUGGAAAUUCAUCCCCAGCAAGCCAAGCAAGUUAUUGUUGAGUUCAGUGCAAAAACCUUGGGCAGAGUGAAGCACCUUUUUGUGUUCAACUUUGGUGACUUUGAGAUUGGACGAUAUGUCAUUUGUAAUGUAGAGGAUCCUCAGCAGGCUGUGCUGAAACCCUCAGCUCCUUACCAGAGGUCUAAAAAGAGAACCAAAGAGGCUUGGAAGAAGGUUGCCAAUAGUAGCAUGGGAGAAGAGUGGGUUAUACCAGGAGAAAAACCGAUAAGGAAAAGAAAAAUUUUCUUGCCCAAGAAGCUAUCACAGUACAAUAUUCCCAGAGACAUAAGGAGGUGCCUACUUGAUGGUGAGGAUCUGAGUUCUACUGUGCCAGCAUUAAGAGAGCCACUUAAUUUGAAGACCUAUGCUGCCAGGUUUUCAACACUUCUACAUGCUGAGGAGCUCCAAAUGGAAGUAGACAUGAGGGAAUUUGAUAUGGAAGGGGUGUUUCGUCAGAAUCUCCUAAAUAUGAAGGAUAUAUUCACGAGGUACAUAAGGAUGAUGUUCUGCUCAAGUUUAACGAGGAAUUCCACAACAGAUUUGCCAUGCAGAAGUGUGAUGUAAUGUUUUACUUCAACAGGACCACUCUUAGAAGAGGUCACCGUGCAGUGGAGUUUGCCGUAUCCUUGGGCGAACAAGUAUUAUUUCCAAGAAGUUUGUCAUCAAAGUUGCCAGUUUUGACUCUAACAUUGCCCAGCUCUUCGCCAACGGGACAAAACACUGACAUUGAGAAAGUAGAUUCACCAACAAGAACGCAAAGUGGGUCUACGAACAAACUCAAACCGGCCGAUUUCCUGUACAAUCCUUCCCUUAAUGAGCGUCAGAGGGCAGCGGUAUGUCGUAUUGUGAGUGGCCAGUGUCGUCCUACGCCCUAUCUGCUAUUCGGACCUCCUGGCACUGGGAAAACCAUUACUGUUGUGGAGGCCAUUCUUCAGAUUUUUCACAGAAUUCCCUCAAGCCGAGUCCUAGCAUGUGCUCCGUCAAAUAGUGCAUCUGAUUUGAUUGCCGAACGUCUUCAUAUGAGCGGUUACAUCCACGCAGGAGACAUGAUACGCCUCAAUGCCGCCCAGAGAGUGCAAAAUAUCCCAGAAAGCAUCAGUCCAUACUGUAUUGACACGGAUCAGUUGGAAAUGGCGUCACGCUAUCGCAUUAUAGUCAGCACAUGUAGUACAGCUGGUCAGCUUUAUUCCCUAGGAUUGCGGGCUGGACACAUAACUCAUGUUUUUGUUGAUGAGGCAGGGCAAGCUACUGAACCAGAGUGUCUAGUUGCUCUUGGUCUGGCUGCUGGAGAGGAUGGUCAGGUCAUCAUGGCUGGUGAUCCUUUCCAACUUGGCCCAGUUCUUCAAUCUCGCGUAGCAGCUGCGUACGGACUUGAUAUCUCUCUGCUGGAGCGUUUGAUGAACAGACCAUUGUACUGUCGAGACGAAGGAAAGUUUGUGGAUCACGGAUGUUAUGAUCCCCUUCUGGUAACAAAACUUGUGAAUAAUUACCGCUCCCAUCCUGCCGUGCUUAAACUUCCCUCGGCUGUGUUUUAUCAUGAUGAGCUGCAACCAUGCGCUGAUGUGAACAUGAGAGAAAGUUUGAGUGACUGGGAAAAACUACCGCGCAAAGGAUUUCCGGUGCUUUUUCAUGGGCUCAAGGGAGAAGAUCUUCGUGAGGGCAACAGUCCAUCAUGGUUCAACCCUGUGGAAGCAGUCCAAGUUAUGAAAUAUUUACAGUCUCUAAGGUCCGACGAAAAGUUCCCUCUUAAACUCACAGAUAUUGGUGUAAUCACACCCUACAGAAAACAGGUUGAAAAACUUCGUCUCUUGCUCGAUCGCUUGGGAUUAGGGGAAGUAAAAGUUGGAUCUGUGGAGGAAUUUCAGGGACAGGAAAGGCUUGCCAUUAUCAUUUCAACGGUUCGUUCUGAUGAGUCAUUGGUCGGUGUCGAUGUACGUCACAGCGUUGGCUUUCUGAGUAAUCCUAAGAGGUUUAACGUGGCUAUCACCCGUGCCCAGGCUCUGCUCGUUGUUGUUGGGAAUCCACAUGUACUUUGUCAGGAUCCUUUCUGGUGCUGUCUUCUCCAAUACUGUGUCAUGAAUGAUGCCUAUGUUGGCUGUGAUCUACCGUCCCUUGAUCAACAGUUUUUAAAGGAAGAAUUCCAUGCCGCCGCAAAGCUACUCAAUAGAACAUUGUCAACAAUUGACAAAUCACCGGAAAAUGCAAAUGAAGUCACGCCACCAGAGCUUACGCUCAGCAAUAUAUCAGUGAAAGCAACUAAUUCAACUUUACAUCAGUGUUCAGACUCUUUUGAAAAUGGCGUUUACACACAAUGUAAUGGAAUGAAGGAAGGGAGGUUAGAUGCGUCAGACUUUGUUAGCACUUCUUCUAAUCGAGAAUCUGCAAAUCUACCUGACAACACUUGUGGUAAUUCGCAAGCUCAACGUGCAAACCAGACGCCUUCUAAAGAGGAUAGCUGUACAAGAUCGACUCUAGAUGAAACUAGUCUAUACGUGAGGUCAAUAGGAGUGGAACAUAAGGUGUACACUAAUGCUGGAAAAGCACCAGAAUUGUUGAUCAAGGAACAAGAUUUGGAAAGUGAGGAUGAACUUGAAGAAUUUGUGCUUCAACCCCGAAAUAGCAAAGAAUAAUGUUAAACAGCCUGAAUACUUUUGUACUCCCCCCCGAAAUGUAAUUGAUCUAUUUGAAAGAAUGGCGUUUAUUUCUGUUGCUGUUUUUUUUUAUUUUAACGGGAGCUUGGCCGACCAAUUUUCAAGACGACCACAAAGAAGUGAAAGAAUUAAAAAUUUUGAUACUAAUCACGGAGCUCGGGAGCACAAAAAGGCAAUUUAAUCUGAAUGUAGGAAGAAACAAUGAGAGAAUUUUUUUUUUACACUUUAAGCACUUCAAGCGUAUGAAUGUGAAGAACAACUACGUCACACACCGACUUUGGUCAAGAUUUAAAAAUUGUGAAAGUGACAGUCUUAUUUUUGUGAAAAUUAGAUACUUUCGGUUUAAAGUUCUUUCCUCGUUA